CUAUGGCUACUGCCUCUUUUUUCCUUGUUGUAAGCUGCUUCUCAUCAAGCAUCUUCAUUCCUCCAUCCACAGCUCACAAUGACAUUAACAGCACUACAAGUGAUGGUUUUGUCGUCGAUCUGAUCCACCAUGACUCACCUUCUUCCCCUUUCUAUGACCACAACAUGACUAGCACUGAUCGCUCCAUAUGGGCAGCUGACCGCUCUAUUGCUCGCCUCAAUUACCUGCUCUCAGUCACCUCAUCCUCAUCCUCGCUAGGUGAUAUCUCAUCCAAAUUAGUUCCUGAGUACUAUGAAUACAUAAUGAUGUACCAUCUGGGUGUCCCCUCUACUCUAGUAUAUGGCAUUGCAGAUACUGGAAGUGAACUCAUAUGGCUCCAAUGCCUUCCAUGCACACAUUGUUACAACCAAACACCGCCUAUUUUUGACCCAGCUGAGUCUUACACUUAUGAAACAGUAUCAAGUGAUUCCCCAAUUUGCAAUGCUGUCAGGAGAAUUUCCUGCAGGGAAGGUGACAAAAGUUGUUGCUAUCAGCACACCUAUGGUGAUGGCACAACAACAAAAGGAACUCUCUCAACUGAUGUAUUUUCUUUUGAAGACCCCACAAGAACUAUCGUUGAGGUUGGCUACUUGACCUUCGGCUGUUCCCAUGACACCAAGGCGCGCCUUAAGGGGCACCAAGCUGGUGUCGUAGGCCUUAACCGGCAUCCCAAUUCGCUAGUCUCACAGCUGAAAGUUAAAAAGUUCUCAUACUGCAUGGUGAUACCUGAUGAUCAUGGAUCAGGAAGUCGAAUGUACUUUGGAUCAAGGGCAGUCAUUCUUGGUGGAAAAACUCCAUUGCUGAAGGGGGACUACAGCCACUACUUUGUCACUCUCAAGGGCAUCAGUGUUGGUGAAGAAAAGGUACCCCUCCCAGAGGGGAUAUUCAAUAUAAACUCAACUGGGACAGGAGGAUUUAUAAUUGAUUCUGGCACAACAUACACAGUAUUAAGGUCUGAAGCAUACAAUUCUUUAGUCAAUACAUUGAGCAAUGCCAUACAUUUACCUUGGAGGAAAUACAGGCGAUUUGGAAUAUGCUUUGAGGGGAGAUCUGAUGAAUUGGCCUCAGCAGGGCCAGAUAUAACUUUCCAUUUUUAUGGUGCGGACUUCAUACUGACCAAGCAGACCACAUAUGUGGAAGUGGAGAAGGGGCUAUGGUGCCUGGCCAUGCUUUCGUCUAAUAGCACUCGGAAACUCUCUAUACUUGGAAAUAUUCAGCAGCAGAACUAUCAUGUUGGAUAUGACCUUGAAGCUCAGGUGGUUUCUUUUGCUCCAGUGGAUUGUGCCACUUUCUAGUAUAAACUUCUUUUGUAUAAGCUCAAAAAUGGUAGUCAUGGCAAGUG